AUGGGUCACGCAAAUAGUAAAUUAUCAAAGGCAGAGAUGGAUUCAAUCUCUUCUUCAUCUAGUUUCUCAAAGAAUGAAAUUUCUAAAAUCUAUGAAGAGUUUAAACUUCAUGAUAAGGAUGGCAACGGAUCAUUUGAUAGAAAUGAAUUCAUUGCAUUCUUUAAACCAAAGCUUCCAAGUUUCCCACAUGAAAAGUUAACAGAUCUAUUUGAAGCAUUUGAUACUGAUAAGAGUGGUACAUUGGAGUUUAAAGAGUUGGUUGUAGCAUUGUCAAUCAUUGGUAAGGGUACUCCAGAGGAUAAGUUGGCUAUCAUUUUCGAAACCUACGAUCAAGACAAGAGUGGAACAUUAGAGUCAACCGAAAUCAAAAAGAUGACUGAUCUCAUGGUCAGCGUUGGAAAGGCUAUGGGUAAGAGCGAAAAGGAUGUUGGUGUCUUUAUUGAAAAGCUACUCGAAAAGAUUGACAAGGAUCACAGCAAAACGAUUACCAAGAAGGAAUGGAUCGAAGAAGGUUCCAAAUCACCUUCACUUUUGGUACUUUUAGGUGUUACCAACUAA